AGUCCUUUGCAGCUGUUAAGAAUCAACUGCCAGCUUGUCUCCUCUCAAUCCCCAAAAUAUAAAUGAACGUACGAUUUAAAACAGUCGUCUCUCAUUUUCCUCUUCUAAUUUUGUCCUUUCGAGCUCCCUUGUUCUCUCUCUGAGCGUUCAAUGCUUCGAUCUCAUCGAGACACCCAAACCCUAGAUUAAAAAUUCCACCUUUCCCCUCUCUCGCUAUCGUCAAACCCUAACAAUGCCUCCGAUCCAACUCAAGAACGGUCCGACCUCGGCCCAAACCCUAGCUCAGGAGGCCAGGACCCACGUUCGAGAGGCCAUGAGGACGACCCUCGCCUCAUCGUCGCCUCCUUCUCAGGCGGCGGAUCAGAUCCACGCGACGACGGAGGUUAAGUUUGGGCCCAAGAUGCAGGAGUUCGCAGCGGUGGAAUCGAUGAAUUCUAGGGUUUUGUGUUGCGAGGAGAUCGAUGGGAGGCGAUGGAACUAUGUGGUGGAAAUGGAGGGUUCGAGAAGUAUAAAGAAGGGGGCUUCGGUUAGGGUUGUGUCGUUGCAGAGCCCCAUGACUCCCGCUGAUGAGUUGAUGACUUUCAUAAGAUCCUAUGUUGUUCCAGAAGGUUUUCCAGAUAGUGUUACUCCUUCGUAUGUGCCAUACAUGACAUGGAGGGCUUUGAAGCAUUUCUUUGGGGGAGCAAUGGGUGUUUUUACUACACGGGCGCUGUUGAGUUCUGUUGGAGUAUCAAAAAAUAGAGCUACACCAGGUGCUGUUGCCAUUAAUUGGAUUCUCAAGGAUGGAGCUGGACGUGUUGGCAAAAUGCUUUUUGCACGUCAAGGAAAAAAAUUUGACUAUGAUUUAAAACAGCUGCGAUUUACUGGCGAUCUUUUAAUGGAAUUGGGUGCUGCAGUGGAGUUAGCUACCACUACCAUGCCAAACCUGUUCUUACCAUUAGCAUGUGCAGCCAAUGUAUUAAAGAAUGUUGCUGCCGUGACAUCAACGUCAACACGUACUCCAAUAUACAAGGCCUAUGCAAGAGGGGAAAACAUUGGGGAUGUCACAGCCAAGGGGGAAUGUGUUGGCAAUAUAGCAGAUCUGCUGGGGACUGGACUUAGUAUCUUAAUGUCAAAGAGGAACCCAUCUUUGGUGUCUUCUUUUGCCAUCCUUUCAUGUGGAUAUGUUUUCAGUUCAUACCAGGAGGUUAAAUCUGUUGUAUUGCAUACUCUAAACCGAGCAAGAUUCACUGUAGCUGUGGAGUCCUUUCUGAAGACUGGAAAUGUUCCCUCAUUGAAGGAAGGGAAUUCUAAAGAGAGCAUAUUCAGUCCUCCAUGGUCCAAACGACCGGUUAUUUUAGGCUCGAAGUUUGGGGAUGCAUUUCAAGAACCUGCUUCAUUUCUUGCCAUAGAGCCCUUGUUUGAGAAUGAAAGAUACAUAGUUACGUAUAAUCCUUCAAAGGGAAAUGUCUAUGCGUUGCUUAAAAAUCAAGCAAAGUCGGAUGAUGUUCUAAAAGCAGCUUUUCAUGCUCAUGUCCUUUUGCAUUUCAUUCGGUCGACGAAUGCAAAUCGGUCUUUAAAGAAGAAUGAUAGUUUUGAAUCAAGGAAUAUGUUUGAUUCCUCAUUAGACCAGGGCAUGCCUUCAAAUGCUGAUUUUCUGGAUCAUAUAUCAAAGUCUUGCAAUGUUGUUUCGUCUUCUUAUGAGGUUUUCAAGAAGAAAGCAGCGGACGAGGGAUGGGUAAUGUCAGAGUCAUUGCUUAACCCUGGACGUGCUCGGCUCCGUGAAGUAAAAGAACUAUAAAGUAUUUUUGCCUCAUCCAAACCAUUAGACAUAAUCUUAACUUCAUACAAACAUCUGGAUACGCGGCUAAAGAUAAUGUGUGCACAUUAUAUUUGGAGUAUGGCUUAUACCAACACCAGAUCCAGUUUUGUAUAGUCAGUGGUUUUAUACGUCCAUCGUCUUUUGACUCGAGUCUAUUCCUGGAACGUGAAAGUUGUGAAGUUUGUAGAGAACUUCGAAGAUUCUUGAUAGUUUCUCAAGGUCACGGAAGAAAUUAUAUGCAGUCUUAUAUCAUGUAUGCAUAUUAUUUUGUUGAUAAUCUUGCAAAAUCAGAAUGGAUGAUCCUGUAAGCAUUUUCAGGCGUCUUUUCCUUGUUUAGAGUGAAGUUCAGUGGGGCACCCUCUUAAUGAGAAUGGUUCUUCCUUGGGAAAACUUCAAGCGAGCCAUAGGGGUUUUCUAAUGCAAAAAUAUAAAGAUGUGGUUCAUGCAACAACAAGAGAUUUUGAAAAUUUAAGACGUCGAUUCGAUUGUAUGUAUUAUAAAUAUCUUCUAUACAACAGUACAGUCUAGCCUUAUUUGGAUGUAUCGUAAGAAUGUCAAUUUGGCAUCUUUCUUUUGUCUAUUCACAAUUUCUAAAGCCAAUUUUGUAUUAACUUCUAAUAUUCACAAUCUGCACGAUACAUUUUAACCUUGAUGUAUUGUAAGAAUUUCAAUUUGGCAUC